CUUCCAAUUUACAGUUCAGGGCGGCAAGCAUGGCCUUCAAGCUUACCAUGGCCGAUGCCCUUCUCCCUUCCCUCCCGCCCGUUUUAUCCUCUUCCGAGCCCUGGCUUCCUCAACUCAUCCCUCUUCUCUGCUCGUCUAAGCCCCUCCGCCUCUCCUCUUCCCUUUCCUCGUCGUCGAUUUCUCUCAGCAAGAAGCCCCCUUUUCUUCCCCUCGUGACCCGGACCUCACGCUGGGAUUUCCAGAAGGGGCUCGACUUGGGAGUCACACCUGUGCUCGAGGAAUUAGCCGGAGAAGAAGAGGAGCAGACCGAGAAGCCUGGGACAAUCGCCCAGGGUUUGGACGGGUUUGUAGAGAAACCAAAGGAGGAGGAUCCUUACGCUACUCCACCGGACAAGAUCAAGCUCUACGUCGGUAACCUCCCCUACAAUGUGGACAGCCAGAAGCUCUCCCAGCUCUUCGAGAAGGCUGGCGCCGUUGAGGUCGCCGAGUGUCUUGCAACAAGACCUCCAUGGGAAGGCCAGCAGCAACGCUUUUCACCUUGAUCAGUAGAGCAUUAUUCUAGUCUGGAUUUCAGUACGGCAAAGAGGGCAUGACUGAAGACUUGGGCCACAGGUGGAACAUGUCUGCAUGAAAUCAAAUUAAGCAAGAAUAAGAAUUAGAGGGGCGCAGUAUUGAUAAUUUAGUGUGUAAAUUGCAUGAGUGCUGCUACAAGUGUUUACCUGGUGCCCACAGCCGAAGACCAUGUCUUUUGGAUUAGACAAACAAAUUGGACAAAUCGGGAAGAAGAAAAAGUGUAAUGUAUAUGAUAAGGUACAUAAUGGUAGGGUCUGGUCAAGGGGAUGUGGUAGUCAGAAGUCAAGGAACGUGGUAGUCGGAAGUCAAGGAGGUGGGACAGCAGGGGGACCACUCGGGCCCGUCUCGGGUCUGAAGGCAGAAAGAAAUCUCCCGAUCAGGAAACCAGGAUCGUGGCAAGAAGAGCGGUCAGGAAUCAUAAAAGCCGACAGAAGGGGUCCGACCAGUCUGUUCAUCAGCAUUCAACAGACUGACCAUCCCUCUCGGUGGGGUUGGAACCAUAAAAGCCGACAGAAGGGGCCCGACCAGUCUGUUCAUCAGCACUCAACAGACCAACCAGGGUUGCUUCAAUCAUACCCGAAUAGGAUAGAAGGCACUACGCGACAAUAGGUUAGAGAAUUGUAACUACCUAUCAGAGAAUAUUUGUUGUAUGUAAGGGAAUAUUCCAGUGGUUGGGAUCAUCUGCUAGUAGAACCUUCCUCCAGUCUAUAGGAGAAAGUCACGUGUCCUCCAUCACUCAACAAUUCCUAACACCCGACAUCCUCUGACAGGGGUCAGUCUCCAGAAGGUACGUAUUGCCAUAUAAAAAAGGGCGUCCUCUCCCUUGCGCAGGUACGCUCACUCACACACUUGCCUACUUUUCUUCUUUCUUCGUACAUUAUUUUUCUGGGAAAAAAGUACUUGACUUGAGCAUCGGAGGACCUGCUCCAGGGACUUUUUCCCUAGUUCUUGGUCUCUAACAUUCCGUGUGCUUAUCUGAGUGUGUGCAGAGGUCUGAUACCACCAGCGCAGGCUUAGCAGUUUUUCCAGGCCACGUGGGGGUAUGUUCUCUGAAGUCCGUGUGACCACAACGUCAUAGUUUCCUCCCCGUCAAUACUAACGACACUUCAUCCAAUCUUCGUCUGACUCAGACUCCAGACAGGAUCAGUAUAUAUGUGAAGAAAUUUAUCAAAAGCUGCUUGUUCAUGGCAGAUACGCGCCAAAGAAGAACAUAAAUUAUUACAAAUCAAUUCCAUGAGGAAAAUCCAGAAGCUAGA